AUGGCGACCGCUGCGAUCCAGAACGUCUCUGACGAGACCCUACCCAAGGAUCCUGUCGCCGUCGAGACCAUGGCCGCUGCUCCCAUUGUGGACGAGAAGGCCGCCACCAACGGCAAUGCCGACACCGAAGGCACCCCGGAGAGCGGCAAGGACUCCGAAGAACCCACCAUGACCGCCGCGCAGAGGAAAAAGGCCAAGAAGAACGCCAAGAAGAAGGAGAAAAAGAAGCAGCAGAGCGUCUCCGGUAUUCCCGACGAAGAGAAGCCCGAGACCGAGGCCGCGGCCGCCGAGAUCCCCACCGAAGCUGCUGCUGAGCCUACAGAGGCGGCUGCCGAGCCUGUUGCGGAAUCGCUGCCUGAACAGACCACUACUUCUGCCGAGGAGCCCGCUGAGCCGGUGAAGGAAGAAUCCACACCUGUUGAAGCUCCCAAGGAAGAGACCGUCGAAGCUCCUUCGACCCAUGAGGUCCCCGUGAAGUCAGAGACUGCAGAGCCGGCUGUGCAGGAAUCCACUGAAAUCAUUGAACCCGCGAAAUCCACCAUGGAGGAGUCUAAGCCGGCCGAGCCUGCACCGGAACCCGUUAAGGAAGAAGCCGCUGAGCCCGCCGUUGAACCCGCCGAUGAACCCGUGGAAGAGUCUAAGCCUGAGCCGACCCCGGAGAUCGUGAAGGAGACUGAGGCCGCGCCCACCUCUGAGGAAUCUGUCCAGGAGACUCCAGUUGAGCAACCGGCCGCUGAUAAGGCUGAGCCCGAAAUCACCGAGGUCACAUCCGCUGAGGAGAAGACCGAGGAGCCCUCCGUGCGUACUGUUGAGAAGACUGAAGAAGUUGAGGUGAAGGAUGCUGCUCCUGAAGUAACUGCCCCCGCGGCUGGGGAGGAGUCGACGCCUGCUGCUUCAGAGGAAAAGGUUGAAGAGAUCAAGGUUGAAGAGCCUGCUCAGACUCUGGUUGUUGAGGAAACCCCUGCCGAAGUCACUACUGAGGAGGCUGCUCCUAAUAAGGUUGAGCAGCCUGCUGUCGAAGAGACUCCUGCUCAGGAACCUGUUACUGAAAAGCCUGUUGAGUCUACCACCGAAACCACUACUUCCGAAGAUACUCCCGCCGACAAGCCUGCCACUGAGGAACCGGUUAUUGAGGAGCCUAAGGUUGAAGAGCCUCAUGCCGAGGAGACUCAAGUCGAAGAGUCCAAGGCCGAGGAGCCCGCCAAGGUCGAGGAGGCCGAAAUGGAGGACCCUGCUGCUGAGCCCGUCACGAAGGAGCCUGCGGCUGAAUCUACUACUGAGAAUCCUGCCACCAAGCAGCCUGUCGAAGAGACCAAGAUUGAAGAUACAAAGGUGGAGGAGUCCAAGACUGAAGAGCCUGUCCAGGAAAUUGCCCAGGAAUCUACCACUGUCGCCGAGACUGAGACUCCCACUGACGAGAAGACCGUCACCGAGCCCAUUGAACAACCUGUUCCCGAGGUGACCACUGAGCCUGUCAAGGAGGUGACUGCCGAGGAACCCGUCGAGGUCAAGGUCGAGGAAACAACGGCUGAAGAGCCAAAGACUGAGGAGCCUAAGAUUGAGAAAUCCAAGACUGAAGAAGCCUUUGUUCCGGUUGAGGAGCCCGUUGCCGAGAAGGCAGUUGAGGAGACAUCUACCGAAGCUGCGCCAGCUGUCGAACGCAUUACUGAAGUCCCUGCUGAGGAGACUCCUGCCGAGGAAACCAAGGAGGCUACUCCUGAAGCUCCCGUUGAGACCUCUACUGAGAUUCCCGCUGAGGCUCCUGCUGAGGAAGUCAAGGAGACUGCACCUGAGGCUCCUGUCGAGACUCCCGUCGAAACCACCACUGAGACUGAGCAUAAGGAAACCGUCAAAGAUCCUGCUCAAGAGGCCACAAUCGAGGAGCCCGCUAUCACUGAACGUCCUGCUGAGUCUGUGGAGGAGUCGACUGCUAAGCAUAUUGAGGAGGAGGCUGAGUCUGCCCCUGCUCCUGCUGAGCCUGUUGUCACCGAGGCACCUGCUGCUGAUGUUGAGCCGCCCGCUGCUCAGGAAGAGACUGUCCAAGACACUGAGGUUCCGGCUACUGAGGAAGAGGUUGGUGAGCCUGUCACUGCUGAGCCUGCUGCUGCUGAGCCUGCUGCUGCUGAGCCUGCUGCUGAGCCUGCUGCUGCUGAGCCUGCUGCUGCUGAGCCUGCUGCUGCUGAGCCUGCUGCUGCUAAGCCUGCUGCUGCUGAGCCUGCUGCUGCUGAGCCUGCUGCUGCUGAGCCUGCUGCUGCUGAGCCUGCUGCUGCUGAGCCUGCUGCUGCUGAGCCUGCUGCUGCUGAGCCUGCUGCUGCUGAGCCUGCUGCUGCUGAGCCUGCUGCUGCUGAGCCUGCUGCUGCUGAGCCUGCUGCUGCUGAGCCUGCUGCUGCUGAGCCUGCUGCUGCUGAGCCUGCUGCUGCUGAGCCUGCUGCUGAGCCUGCUGCUGUCGAGGAGCCCAUUUCUCAGAGCACCCCUAAGGAAGAAACAAUUGAAGAUCCCGUGACUGAGCCUACCACUGAGAAGGUUGAAGAAGUCAGCGCUCUUACCACUGUCGAACCUGCCCAAGAGGAACAGUCAGAGAAGCUUGCUGCUGAGGAAUCUGUUGAAGAACAAGCUGCUGAGCCUGUCAAGUCUGAGGAACCUUCUCUUGAGGACACUUCUCAAGAGGAGGUUGCUGCUGCUACUGCCGCUGCCGCCGUGGCUGCUACCGCUGCUCCUGUUGCUGUUGAAGAAUCUGUCAAGGAGGAAGUUGCUGAGCCCAAGGCAGAGGACACCGUCGAGGCCAGUGCUCCUAAGGAAGAGCAAGCUGCAGUAGAGGAGCCCGCGCCUACUGAAUCAGGUCCCGAAGCUCCUGUUGUCGAAACCCCCGUUACCGAGACCGUCACCGAGACACCUGCCGCUGAAGUGUCUGUUCCGGCCGAGGAGUCAGUCGUCGUGGCUGCCGCCCCUAUUGUCGAGGAAACUCCCGUCCAAGAAAGAGUGGAGACCGAGCCUGAGGCUCCUGUUGUUGCUGAAUCUCACGACGUUCCCCAGGAUCCUGCUGAGGAGCCCGCAGAGGAGGCAACUAAAGAAGUUCUGGCUGCUGACGUGCCCGCUCCUGCUGAGGAGAAGGUCGAGGAGCCUGUUGAGUCCGCUCAACCUGAGCCUACUCCUGUUGCUGAGCCUGUCUCCGCCCCUCAGGCUGAUGAGCCCGUUAAGGAUGAGACUCCUUCUGCUGAGACUGAGGUAGUGAACAAGCAUGAGGAGGUUCCUGCCCCUGCUGAGACCCUUGCUGUCGAGGAGCCCGCUCCUGAAGUUGCUCCUGAGGUUGCUCCUGAGGCUGCUCCUGAGGCUGCUCAACCUGGGGCCGUUGUGGAAGAGACACCCGCCACAAAGGAUGUUGAAGAGCCCGCCAAGGAUAGCUCUCUGACUCCCGAGAUCCUGGCUGCCGGUGCUGGUGCUGCCGCCGCCGCCGGUGUUGCUGCUGUUGGUAUCACCUCAGCUCUACACGAGUCCGAGCCUACCUCCGAGGCUACACCAACGGACUCUGCUACCGAGGCGAAGAACGAGAGCACCGACAACAAAACCGAUACCAGUAAGCUUUCGCCAUUCUCUAUUGCGCAAAAUCGGUCCGUUAUGUCGUUCGAAGCUGAUCCGGAUCUCGCAGCACUUGCUGGCGACCGCGAGGCCCUUCUCCACAAGCUCAACCAGCCCUCUACCGACCAGUUGACCGCGGCCGUUGCCGAGCAGCCCUCCAACGCCGACAAGAAGGCUACCGUCGAGCCUGAGAACGAAGCUGCCGAGUCCAGCAAGCCGGCCACCGAACCCAUCGCCCCUAAGGACAACGCAAACGAGGAAGAUGCUCGCCCCACGAGCCAGAACCGGUCAGUGACAGCUGUUUCUCUGAAUAGUGCACCUGACAACUGGCUCAAGGCGUUCUUGCGCACGGUGUUUGUUGGCUUCUUCGGCACGAUCUUUGCGCCCUUCCGCCGUCGUGGCAAGGACCGCAAAUAA